AUGCUGCACUCAACAGACUACGACAUCCCCCCAGGCUCCCUGAUCCUGGUCACCGGAGCAAACGGCUACAUCGCGUCGCAUACCAUUGACAUCCUGCUCCAGCGAGGCUACAAGGUCCGCGGGACGGUCCGCACGGCGAAACCCUGGCUGGAUAGAUACUUUACAGAACGUUACAGGGAAGGUCGCUAUGAGAGCAUCAUCAUCCCGUUGCUGGAUGACCCAGAAAUGUGCCGUCGGGCAAUGCAAGAUGUUUCUGGAGUCCUGCAUCUCGCAUCGGACAUGUCCUUCAAUUCUGACCCCGAUGCGGUGAUUCCAUGGGUCAAACGAGCGGCAAUCCACCUUCUGGAAGCUGCGGCCAGUCAACCAUCUGUGACGCGGUUCGUGCUAACAUCGUCCUCUACGGCGGCGCUGCUCCCAACGCCAGGUCUGAAGACCGUAGUCGAUGAGAAUACAUGGAAUGAGGUCUCUGUCCAUGCCGCCUGGGAUGAAUCAACGCCGUCUGAGGAGAGAGCAUAUCAUAUCUAUUCCGCCGCCAAGACCGAACAAGAGCGUGAGAGCUGGCGAUGGGUGAGGGAGCGCAAGCCCCAGUUCGAGUUCAGCACCGUCGUCCCGAACUCCAACUUCGGACGGAUCCUGCAUCCCGAAAUUUCAGGUUCGAGUAUGAUCCGAAUGAGAAACCUCCUCCGUGGGGACGGUUCGGUCAUGGACGAGUUCCCUCCACAAUGGUACGUCAACGUCGAAGACACGGCGCGACUUCAUGUCGUCGCGCUGCUCAGCCCCGCCGUGAGAGGGGAACGCAUCUUCGCCUUCGCCUCCGAGUUCAACUGGACGGACGUGGUCGGCAUCCUGCGCCGAUUGCGACCAAACAAUGCGUUAAUCCCCGACCCGCCUGCCAACGAGGUCCGCGAUGCGAGCGAGAUUCUUCCUUCGCGCCGCGCGGAGGAACUACUGCGCGAGUUCUACGGCCAGCCGGGCUGGAUUAGUCUGGAGGAGACCAUUGCCGCUGGAAUUGAAGAAGUGCCGUAG